UCUGGGGCCGGCGGCAGCGGCGGGCGAGUGCUGUGCCGCGGGCGGGUGGUGUGCCGGGGGCGGUCUGUGGGGCUGUUGGUACAGCGGGAUGGCGGCUGCACCUGCACCGGGGGCGGCUCUGGCGGUGCUCCUGCUGCUGGCCAGUCUGCCCAGUACAUUCACCCUCGAGGUUCUGCUCAACAGACUGAAGGCGGUCAAUUAUGACUCCAACCAGUGGCCUACCUACAGUCAGUCACCAGAUGCACCCACGCGGGUCAACAUCAGCAUUUUCGUCAACAGUUUUGGCGCACCUCGAGCGGCGACCAUGGACUACGAGCUGGACAUCUACCUGCGGCAGCAGUGGCUGGACGAGCGUCUCAGCGUGCCGGGAGACCCCAACCAGAUGCUCAUCGUCAGCAGAAAGAACGUCAUCGAUCAGCUGUGGACACCCGACCUGUACUUCCUCAAUCUCAAGGACGCCAAAUAUCACGACGUGACGAUGCCAAACGUGCUGAUGAGGGUGUACCAAGACGGACGGGUCUUCUACAGCAUACGGCUGAAGCUGUCACUAUCCUGUCAGAUGGAUCUGCAGCGCUACCCUCUGGACUCUCAGCGCUGUGACAUUAAGCUGGCUACCUACGCACACCCGACGUCGGCGCUCCUGUUCGCCUGGUCACAGGGCAACAACGGCUGUGAGGGCAUCUGCUACGACGAGCUGGAGAUCCCUCAGUUCACGCUGACGGGCGUCAGAGACAUGAAGAACAUCACGCUCAAGUACCACACCGGCGACUUUAGCGCCCUGUCGGCGUCCUUCGUGCUGGACCGCCAGAACGGCUACCACAUCCUGCAGACGUACAUCCCCACCAUGCUGAUGGUGUGCAUGUCGUGGGUCUCCUUCUGGCUGGAGCAGACGGCCACUCCGGCCCGUGUAACCCUGGGCGUGACCACGCUGCUGACUCUGACCUCACUGGCGGCCGGCGUGCGCAGCGAACUGCCGCCCGUCUCCUACCUCAAGGCUAUUGACAUCUGGAUCGGCACGUGCAUGAUAUUCGUGUUCGGCGCGCUGCUCGAGUUUGUGCUCGUGCACUACCUGGCCAAGAAGCGCAAGGUCGAGGGCGACCGGCGCAAGAGCGUCAAGGAAAUGUUCUUCGCCAAGGAGGAGGCCGAAGCGCUGGGCGGCGGCGCGCCGCACGGUCCCACCGGCCCCGCCAAGAAGGUCACGCACAUCCUGCAGGCCAAGGCGGUGGACCGCGUCUGCCGCGUCGUCAUCCCGCUCAUCUUCUUCACGUUCAACUGCAUCUACUGGAGCCUGUACGCCAGGGGCGACUAGACUAGCCGACCGCCACCCGCUCAACUGCCCAAGGCCACGGAUCGUGUCUGACGCGUAUUGGGGUGUUCGAUAUUACUAUUUACUGGUGCCAUGGAUCAGAAAUACAACUCCAUCCAUGA